AUCGAUCUCCUCCAAAACGACAGCCAAGCAAUUCAUAUUCGCGAAUGCGAUCUGCUCCCUCUGCAAGUCUGCAUCGUGCUCCCCACCACCACCAUUCCCCACCAGAGGUGGCUUUCAUGGUAAUUGGCCAAGCAAAGCAGUGCCGCGCGAGCCCUACCACUACCAGUCUCGCUUUGUUCGUAUUCUUGCACCAGCCAUCUGAAGUUCCCCCAUCAGGCUCCUUCAACGCGCGCGUCACCAAUCUUUUUUUCACGCCUACCUACAGCACUCCAUUCCACUAUAAAUUCACCCAGGUCACACUCACACUUGACACUACAACACUAUAGCUCACAUCAACAACAAUGGCCAUCAAGCAGAAAGGAGCGACGACGACGACGUUCCUGCUCUUCCUGGUGCUGGCAGUCGUCGUCGCAGCCGAGGCCGCCCAGCUGCAAGACGACGAGCCUGCUACGGCCGCCGGCGGCAGCCAUGCCCGGCAUCAGCGGCGCGCGAAUAAGGCAUCCGCCGGCACCGGCGACGCGCCAACGCACCUGCACUUCUACUUCCACGACACGGUGAGCGGCAAGUCGCCGACGGCGGUGCGGGUGGUGAGCGCGCCGGCGACGUCGCCGUCGCCGCUGUUCGGGAUGGUGAACGUGAUGGACGACCCGCUGACGGACGGGCCGGAGCAGAGCUCCAGCGCCGUCGUCGGCCGCGCCCAGGGCCUGUACAUGGGGUCCGACCAGGCCAAGCUCGGCUUCCUCCAGGCCAUGAACCUGGUGUUCACGGCGGGGGACUACAACGGCAGCACGCUGGCGCUGCUGGGACGCAACUGCCCGCUCGACGCCGUCCGCGAGCUCCCCGUCGUCGGCGGCACGGGGGCGUUCCGCUUCGCCCGUGGGUACGCGCUGCUCCGCACCCACUGGCUCGACUUCACCACCGGCGACGCCACCGUCGAGUACGACGUCUACGUCAUGCACUAGCUUACCAAGACAACAUCACAACAACAAUGGUGUCAAUAAUGGCUUCGAAGCAAGCAUGCAUGCAUGCUUCGUCGCAGAGUGCUGCUUGCCUUUUCUUUUUCAGCUUAUAGCAUGCGUGAUCUGCUGUAUCCAAUAGAAGCUUCAGAACCCUUCCUUUUUUUUCAGAAAAAAGGUCGUCCAAAAAUCUGAUCCAGAUUAUGUUGCUGUUUUAAAAUUGAGGCAAUAUAUAUAGCUUUUACUUUUACC